ACAAACAGAGUGGCUAUUGUUAGCCAGCAGGUUGUGUCAGAGUUUAUCCCGUAGCCUACUCACCACCUACCUGUUGAAUAUUCACACCACUUAUUGCAGGCAGGGGUCGAGUCACUUUCGAAGAACUACAGUCCAAUCUAAACUGCUCGCAGGUGAGGAGGGGAAAAGGGUUUGUCGGAUAAGAAGGAAGGAAGGAAAUUCAGGAAAGCUCGGAGGAAACGAGGAAGUAAAUAAGGAGAAGUCGACCGUUGGGCUUGGAACUCAACAGGUUAGCUACUUCAAUGUUAUAGCAGCGGCUCGGAAUUUUUACUAUCUGCGUCGAAAACCCCCUUAUAUUAAACAAAAAAAAUGCCGUUGGGACCAUGGAGGAAGAAAAACAAAUCGACGAAGGAGAAUUUGGUGGAAAACGAGGAGGUCAGCGGUGGACACGCAGGUGCCGGGAGUCAUGCUAAAACCGCCGUGAACGGAGCGGGGCUCCCUCCUCCACCUGCCAACCUGCGGCCCAAACUAGUCUUCCACACGCAGCUUGCUCACGGAAGUCCCACCGGCAGGAUCGAGGGAUUUACCAACGUCAAGGAGUUGUAUGGGAAAAUAGCAGAGGCGUUUAAUAUAAAUCCACCUGAGCUCCUGUUCUGCACUCUCAACACCCACAAGAUUGACAUGGACAAGCUGCUGGGGGGCCAGAUCGGCCUAGAGGAUUUUAUCUUCGCCCACAUUAAAGGGAUCAAGAAGGAGGUGGAAAUUUACAAAUCUGAAGAUGCUCUGGGCCUCACCAUCACCGACAAUGGAGCAGGAUACGCCUUUAUAAAGCGUAUCAAAGAGGGCAGCGUUGUGGACGGGGUGAAGGUGAUCUCUGUGGGCGACCACGUGGAGUGCAUUAACGGACGGAACAUCGUGGGGACGCGACAUUAUGAGGUGGCCCGCAUGCUGAAAGAGCUUCCCAAGGACAAGGUUUUCACCCUCAAACUGGUCGAACCCAUGAAGGCCUUCGAAAUGCUUGAGCCCAGGUCAAAGGGUGCCAAACCUGCUAGUGACAACAAGAUCAGCAACGGGAGAGGGACUUUGAGACUUCGCUCCAAGGGCCCGGCUACUGUCGAGGAGGAGCCAACAGAGUUUGACGAGAAGGCAGUAAAGAAAGUGGACGACCUCCUGGAGAGCUACAUGGGCAUCAGAGACACUGAACUUGCUGCUACGAUGGUCGAGGUCGGCCGCGACAAAAAGAACCCCGAUGAAUUCGCCAUGGCGUUAGACGAGACCCUCGGGGACUUCGCUUUCCCGGAUGAGUUUGUGUUUGAUGUCUGGGGAGCCAUUGGAGACGCCAAGCAGGGAAGAUUAUAAGAUCGCAAUCGGCUAUCCCCAUCCCAAUAAAACACACACACACACAAUCCUCUCCUUCCCCGAACUCACGUCUUAUUAUUCUCAGAAACAAACUGGACAACAUGAGUGAAUUAAGUUUUUAUGUAGCGUCGCGUUGCGCUCGGAUGGAGUGUCUCAAAGCGUCAAAUUUGGUCAUUUGGGUUUACAGAAGGAAUCUAGCACGUCAGCGUUUCAGUGAAAUCUUGUAAAGAUAUCCAUGAAAUGUGGAAUGCAGUUUCCAGCGUGAGAGCUGCCUCAUGCAUGCUAAAACUUCUGAGGAUUAAUUCUAGAUGUUGUUCAAACUUUUUGUACUCCACCUUUGAGAAAUGGUCUUAAGAGUGAUGCCAUCUGCUGAGCAGAGUCUAACCUGGUCUUAUACACUGGUAAUGAAAAGGUUUCUGCACACCUUCAAUUCUAAACGAUCACAGUUUUAAUCUAACUUUAUAUCUGUGUCAUAUUAAAUAUACAGAUAAAGCACACGGCUUUUUAUAGAUUUUUUUAUAUGUGAAAUGUUGCUGAUUUUAUGGCAGCAACACGGUGUAAUUAGUGUAAUUAUAGUGAUUUAUAGUGAUUAUAUUUCUCUCUCAAACAUCUUUUUAUCUCUUUAUUGUGUUUUUAAAUGAACUAAGAGCUUCGGCUGCUUCCACAUUUUAAAGUUGGUUUACUUUGUGAUUUUUGUGUCCUUGAAAAUCUCAGUUUCAGCCUUUUUGUGUCUAUCUCUAAACCCUUUAGACGAGUUCGAUCACAUACCAACAUUCCUUUUAGUCUCUCAUAUUGUUAAAGUCUGUAAACACUGUUAAUAUGUCAUGACAUCCAGCUUAUUUACAGACGUACGCUUAUUUUUGUUCCUGUAAUUUAUUGUAUCAUGGAAAAUCAUAUGCUGUAGCAGAUUUUUUAUUUUUUUUUCCCCACUGAGAAGUGGCUCGGUAUGAAAGAAAGGUCUUAUUGUAACUGCACUAUUUAAAUCACUGUCAAACUGAAUUUAAAUAGUGAACUGAUUCAUGUCUGGUUCUGAUGCUGGCUGUUUGCAGCCGUUUCAUAUUGUUUGACGCACCAUAAGGGAUCACUAUUGUUGGAUAGACAAUAAAAUUUGAUAUACUGUUA